GGUGGCGAGGAGAAGGAGGAUGAGGUGUGGAGAUAAGAGAGCGUGAGGCAAGGAUCGUGGGAUGAGGAGGUAGGGUGAGGGAUUUGAAGGGAGGGAUAUUAAGAGCUCGAGAAAUUCUACAGAUGCUGGAAAUCAAUAGCAACACACAAAAUGCUGGAAGAAACACAGUAGGUCAGGCAGUAUCUAUGGAAAAGAACAAACAGUCGACGUUUUGGGCCGAGACCCUUCUUCGGGAUUGGAAAGGAAGGGGGAAAGAUGCCAGAAUAAAACGGCGGGGAGGGGAGGGGAAGGAGGGUAGCUGAAAGGUGAUUGGUGAAGCCAGGAGAGUAGGGAAGGUAAAGGGCUGGAGAGGAAUAAGAAGUGUAGAGAUGAGAGAAGAUAAGGUUUGGGGAUGUGAGAUAAAGAGGUGAAGAAGGAUCGUAGUGCGAUCAGGGAUGAUCAGCGAGAGGAGUGAAGGUGAGGUGAAAGGCAUUGGUGGGGUAAGUAGAGUAUUGUUAGAAGUUUUUGCUGAAGCUAUGUUGGGGGUGGUGGUGCACGAUGAACAUCAGUUUUCCAGGCCAGUGAGUAAGUAUUUGACUGUAUAAAUGUUAUUUCUCUGUUACAUAAAGGAAAUCGGCUUUUACUGUUUUGAUAAUAAGUUAAUUAUUGUUGCAUGUACUUGGGUGCAAUGAAAAGCCUUUGCUUGCGUAUCAUCUGGCAGAUUGAGUUAGUACAAAAUCAAUAACAAUAUGGAAGAGGAAGUGCAGUGCAGGUAGACAAAGUGCAAAAGACAUGGUGAAGUAAACUGAGAAAUGGAGUAAGAAAUAAGAAUACCAGAACCUCAUAAUAGUGGGGUAGAAACAAGAUAUUAAAUAACAUGGAUGUUUUCAAUGAACAUGGUUAUAAAUUUCACUGACAUUGCAAGCUCUAUAUGAUGUUCUUUAUCUAACCUUAACCUCACUGGAAAGUUGGAUAAACUUGGUACCAUUGGUUGAAGUAAACCAGCAACUUGCAGAUCUUUGCUUGGAUUGAAAGGGGAAGAAUGACUGAAUAAAAAUCGGGUUAUGUAUGCUGGUAUGAUAAGAUUCUACAGGCAUGAAGGUGCAAACUCAAUAGAGUACUGUGACUGCGACUGAAUGGAGAGUGUGAUUUGAGCCAAGCAAAAUGGCAAAACGGAAAGCAGGGUGUGACGUAAUGGCGGCCGGAAAGAAUAUGAAAUAUGACUCUCUGGUGCUUUUGUGUGAGUGGCAUUCGUGUGGAUUCACAGCGUAUGGAAUGGAAGAUUUCAGUGAUCAUAUCGCAGGGCACUUAAAAGAACAUUUACAGGAUCAAAUACAGGGAGAUGAAAAUGAUAUUGAACAACAAGAGGAACACCAGUGUCUGUGGGCUGACUGUGGCUACUACUCCGUGGAGAGUUCAACUGAUGUGAUCCGCCAUGUAUAUUUUCACGCCUACCACACGAAGCUUAAGCACUGGGGUUUGCAGACCCUUCAGGCUCAGACUGAACUCGAGCAUUGUUUACUGGAUCGGCAGAGCCGUAAUAUCAUUCCAGAAAUUCCAGAGAGCUUUAUCUGUCUCUGGGGGCACUGUGAUAGCACUUUUGAGAAUCCAGAGUGGUUCUACAGACAUGUGGACAUGCAUGGGAUGUGUUCAGACCGUGAUGCAACCUCAGAGUCUAAUGUUAUAAUACCCUGCUGUUGGAAAGAUUGUGAAGCAACAUUCAAAGUGAAAUUUAAAUUAAGAGAACAUCUGCGUAGUCACACUCAAGAGAAAGUAGUGGCAUGUCCAACGUGUGGAGGGAUGUUUGCCAGCAAUACCAAAUUCUUUGAUCAUAUACGCAGGCAGAUGGCAACAGAAUACCAACGCUUUCAAUGCUCCCACUGCUCUAAAAGAUUCGCCACUGAGAGGCUACUCAGAGAUCACAUGCGGCAUCAUGUGAAUUAUUACAAGUGCCCAUUUUGCGAUAUGACCUGUCCAGCUCCAUCUGCCUUGCGGAACCAUAUCAAGUUCCGCCAUAGUGACGAAAAACCAUUCAGAUGUGAAUACUGUGAAUACAGUUGCAAGAACUUAGUGGAUCUAAGGAAACAUUUGGACACCCACAGUGAGGAUCCGACCUACCGCUGUGAGUUUGCAGGUUGCACAUUCAGCGCACGAUCCCAAUAUUCUAUCAAGUCCCACUACAGGAAGGUACACGAGGGGGAUUUGGAACCCAGAUACAAAUGUCAUGUUUGUGACAAGUGUUUCACAAGAGGUAACAAUCUGACCGUGCACCUCAGGAAGAAGCAUCAGUUCAAGUGGCCUUCGGGUCACCCCCGGUUCAGGUACAAAGAGCAUGAGGAUGGCUACAUGCGACUGCAGUUGGUACGUUAUGAGAGUGUUGAACUGACUGAACAACUAAUGAAAGACCGGGAAAAGCAUGAUGGUCGCUUAGAUGGCGUAUCGGAGAGUUUGGUCUUGUCCGAAGCGAACCUACGAGGGAUUAUACUGGAGCCUGUGGAAGAAUCCAAUAGCGAGGACCAGGGGGUGGAAAAGCACAGCCCCGACUGCUGUGUCAAUGAAUGCACGGAUCACUGUAAUUAUAGUGAUGCUGUUGAUGGGGAACAUUCCCGACAAUCGCCGUUAGUCUCCUGUGACUCGAAUGAAAGCCCUAUCAUUCGAGUGGCCAAUCGGACAAAUGAACAUGGAGAGAAUGAAACCGUUUAUUAUGUUCUGACCAAUGCGCAAAGCCCAGGGAAGACUGCGUCAACUGCCAACACGGAGGCUGAGGAAACCUCCACCGACAACAUAGAAAAAACUGCAGAAGAACUGGGCAUUGAAAUAAUUGGCUAGUACUAAUUAAUCAAAUGCUCUGUGUGUGUGUGAUAGCUGCUUUUGUCUUGUUCUGUAUAUUUGCUUCUAAAUUAGUCAGGCUGUGUGAUGCUUUGUGGGUUGGCCAGCUGCUGUUGAUGUAUUUAUAGACCUGUUUCUUUUUAAUGUAGCCCCAUUGAUAUAAGCAUUUGAUUAUGUUGAUCUUAACCAUUGCCAGAAGCAAUACAGGUCCUGCUCUCAAUUAUGCUACAAUCAUUAACUCAAACAAAUCUAUUCAAAGUAGAUUUUGACUGACGUACAGUGUCAAUACAAGUACAGUUUUUCACCAGAAUAAUGAUUUUUAUUGUGUAAAAGUCUACUGGUGGUAAUUUUAAUAAAAUGCACUUUUUAAAGUCCUACAGUUCCUUUGUUGCAGACAAUUCUAAAAUAUCUUGUACUCUCCCAAAUGUAGAAAUUGUUCUUGUGCCCCCUGUUGACGUACACAAAGAAACAGCAGAGUUUGGUCCUGGAAAUUAAUUGAACCACCAGAUUGCUCUCUGAUGUAGUGGGUCCCAUUUGUGCAACCUCAUGUACAGUAAAGGCAAGUUCCUGUACAACAGUACUGCUGAUUUUAUGGUUCACUCUUUUGUCACUUAUGCUGCUUUCAUUCUUCUCUGCCCCCACACCACCUCCUUAAAGGCAAGAGGGGUUCUGGAAUGUUAAAAUCUGACUCUGUUGCUAAGGUAUUGUGACUCUCUGGGUGGCUGUUCAUUGUCUUUGAAUGUAAGCUACAGCCCAUCAUUUUGAGUUUAAAUAUCUAUUUGUAUUGCUUAUUUUUCUAAGCCACCCUUGAUCUGUUAAAGGUCAAAGGUAUACAAGAAAAUGAAGGGUUCUGUUAGGGUAAAUGGAAGUUUAUCAUAGUGGAGGUUGACCAGGAAUUGGGGAACAAAAAUAAUUUAAGUAAGUUGAGCAAUGCACAAAAUGCUGAAGGAACUCAACAGAUCAGGCAGCAUCUAUGCAAAUAAAUAGACAGUUGAUGUUUUGGACUCUUCAUCAGGUUACGUUGCUCUGGAUUUCCAGGUGUAUUAGAUGAUGAGAGGCAUUAAUUGUGUGGAUAGCCAGAGGCUUUUUCCCAGGGCUGAGAUGGUUAACAUGAGGGGUCAUAGUUUUAAGGUGCUUGGGAAUGGGUACUGAGGGGAUGUCAGGGGUGAGUUUUUCACACCGAGAAUGGUGGGUGUGUGGAAUGCACUGCCAAUGACGGUGGUGGAGGCGGAUACAAUGGGAUCUUUUAAGAGACUCCUGGAUGGGUAUGUGGAGCUUAGAAAAAUAGAGGGCUAUGCGGUAGGGAAAUUCUAGGCAGUUUCUUGAGUAGGUUACAGCACAUUACAGGCCCCAUUAUCCUGCUUUAUCCCUGUAACUUUUGAUGCCCUUUCAGGCCUCUGGGUCUCCAGUCAUCCAACUUUAAUCUUCAAUGUUGACCAACAUACACUUUUCCAUGUAUUUAACAUACAGGUCAGGUAAGGAUGCUUCCUAAGAGUAGCAUCCUUGUUUUGCCAUUUUUAAUAAUAAAACUGUUAUUAACAAAUUUAGCUCAAGCCUAUUUUGCCCAAAUUGUGAUAUUCUUUUAAAGAGAAUUUCACUUUAAUCACCCCUUUUUUGGGUUCUUCUUCAUCCCACAUGCUGAUGAGGUGAAGCUGUGAAGUCUGAUAAGCAUGCUGUGCUUUGCUGUUGUGUUUGUUUCUAUACUGUUUGGGCUGCAAGUUGGUACCUCCAACAAAAGAAAUUGCUCCAUACCUGUAGAAGUUUGUCAGAGGUAAAUUAAAUGCCCAUCAACUGUUAACUACUUGGGAGUUCAGACCAAAGCAUAAUAAUGUGCAGAAUCAUUUGACACAACCUUAAUGAUCCAUCAAAUGUGAUGGGAGGAUUUAGAAUGGCAUGUGUGAACAAUUCCUUUCAAAUUUAUCUGCAUCAAAGGUAGAUGUAUCCAAAGGUGAAAAAAAUGUUAUUGACGUGAACUGGGAUUUAUAUAUAAAAACAAACUUGUGAAAUACCUUCAUGUUCUCUAGCUGUCCCAAGUGCUUGGAAUUACUGUGAAGAGUCCUCAGUAUUGCUCUACAAAAUUAGUAGUUAAUUUUCUGACAGUCAAUUCCCAUAAACAGUAAAUGAGAUUAAAACUAAUGAGGAUGGGGGAGAGGUUAGUGGGAUGCUGAUUAGAACACCUGUGCUGUGAAUACACUUGCAGUAUCCAUUCGAACAAGCAGUGGCUGAAAAUUAAACCAAUAAAUAGUAGUGACUUGGGUACUUACUGAUAGCUUGGCUCCUGCCCUGUUCUUUGCUAGUAAAGUUUUUUUUUAAAAGAGCAUAUUAUGUCUUUUUAGAAUCAGAAUUGAGUUUAUUAUCACUUACGUGAUAAAAUGUGUUGCUUUGGCAGCAGUGCUGUGCAAUACAUAAAAUUACCAAAAAUUACAAUAAGAAAUAUUUUUAAAAAUCAGUAAGUUGUGCAAAAAGGGAACAAAAUUUGUGAGGUAAUGUUCAUGGGUUUAUUGUCUGUUCAGAAAUCUAAUGGCAGAAAGGAAGAAACUGUUCCUAAAACGUUGAGUAUGUGUCUUCAGGCUCCUGUACUUGCUCUCUGAUAGUAGUAAUGAGUCAUUGGUGAUUGAGGUCCUUGAUAAUGGAUGGCAUCUUUUUGAGGCAUUGACUUGAUAGUAAGGAGGAUUCUUAUUUCUAUUAAUAAUGACAAAAGAGCCAGUUAGCAUUUUCCAACAAAAUAUACCAUAAGAAUCAAAAUUAUUUUGCCCUGUAGAUGGUGCAGUGGGUUAGAAAAUGUCCUUUAACCUCAGAGGCAAUAGCCAAAUGAUUGAUUGAAUCUCUUUGACUGUUCAACACAGUUCUUGUUCUUUAAAGAUGAUUUAUUUAUCACAUGUACAUGUAACAUGCAGUGAAAUGUAUCAUUUACAUUUACAGUCAACACUACCAAGGAUGUGUGGUGUUCAACAAAACAACACAAGCAACAACUACAACAGAACAAAACAAGAUAACAGCAAAACAAGCUCCCACCUCUACAUGUGUGCACACACACUCCUCCACCCCCAAGACAGGCUGCCUCUUGGCCUCCAGUCCUUGGCCAUGGACUCACAAAUUUGCAGACAUCUGUUCUCCACCCUCCAGUCCCUGGCCCAGACUUGAACUUCAGACCUUCAAGCUCCAGUCUCUGGGUCAGACUUGCUGACUUUGGUCUUAAAUCUUUCGUGCUUUCUACCUCAGACUCAACAAGCUCAGUACUUCAACCUUCAGCUUUGCCAUCCAUUGGGUAUCGACCCUAGGACUCAUAAACCAUGGGUUUGACAUUCAGGCCUUGACUGAAAGGAGAAGAGGAACAUUAGUAAUAAUGCACCAUGAUGUCCUCAAGGAACAGAUCAGAUAAGAGAAGCAGGUGAAGUUUCUGUUUCAAAAAAGAAACUGCUGGAGUAACUGAGCACACUGGGCAGCAUUUGUGAAGGAAAGUGGAUGUGGGGAUGUCAGGUUGAGAUCCUUUAUCUGGACUUAAUUGAUAGAGGAGAGAUAGCUGGUAUAAGGAGGUAAAGGGAAGGGGUGAUAUGACCUUCCUGUUUCUCUGUCCACAGAAAAUUUCUAUCAAGAAGGAUUAUGUAGCAUUUAAGUAUUUAAAUUGUUAUUUUGGUUCUGUCUGGGGACUUUUUUCUGUUGGUAUUCUCAUUUGGCAAUACUGGGUAUGGAAAUAAUCACUUUCUUUGCAGUGAAGGGUGAUGAGAGGUGACUUGAUAGAGGUGUACAAGAUUAUAGAGGAAUAGAUACAGUGGAUAAGUCAGAUUUUUCCUGGGAUGGAAAUGGCUAAUAUGAGGGGGCACAAUUUUAUGGUGAUUGGAGGAAUGUUCUUUACACAGAGUGGUUGGUGCGUGGAAUGUACUGCCAGGCAGGAUGUUGGAGGCAGACAAGGGGGAGGUAGGCAUGUUGAUGAAAGGUUGUGGGAGGGAAGUGUUAAAUUGAUCUCAGAGUGGGUUAAAAUGACACAGCAUCGUGGGCCAAAGGGCCUCAACUGUUUGAUGUUCUAAAAGGAUGCAUCAUCUUUUGGUUUCAAUAUGAUAGAACUAAACUGCCACACAUCCUCUGUUGCCACUCACCUGUGUAUCCCAUUAACCAAUGGGAUUAAUCAGGAGUCUUCAUGUGUAUUUUGAAAGCUUAUAAAAUAAUUCUUUAAACAAA